CGGUCAUGACCAACCACCGACUUUAGUGCACUUUGGUCUUACGUAGCAUCUCGAUUCGGAGAAGAAAGUGUCCGCGUUGCGCUGCCUCUUCUUCGGUGCAGAUGGGCGUAGGAAAAACAGUCGAAAAAGCGAAGUGAACUCCAUUUGCAGGCGCGCCGUAAUUAAACCCGCACCGAAUGCUGAAAAAGGUGGUGAAUUUUUCUCCGUCACUGUACGACGGCAAGCAAAACCCUCCUCCGGUGCUGUGUGAGUGCGUGUGUGUGUGUGAAUGUGCGCGAGUUUCUUCGGUGGGCCGUUGAAUCCAUCGCAACGACCUCACAAGUUUGUGUCCCUCGGCGGAACACAACAAAAGACGUAGUUGCAGCUUGACUUAAGCUCGCGGGCGGAAAAGGCAAAGCGAAGAAGAGGAAGUAGCAGCAUAAAGGCUAGAAGUGAUAAUGAAUCGUCCAAGUGUGGUGAUAGGUCGCUAAUCUUCGCUGGUUACAGACAACAACCCACAGUUACACGUACGUACGUAGGUACCGCCGAGAAUCAAGCAGAGCCUACACAUGCUGUGAUGUGAUAAAGCGAGCUGCAAACGAAGGGAGGAACCCACGUUCGAGCUACCGCAGUGUCCGCUACUAUUUGUGAUCUUUCGUUGCCUGUGGGAUGUCACCUGGCGCGACCCGAAAGUGUCAUCCCAUCGUCCCAUCGCGUCUUGUGCGGAACGGAUUCAAGCAAUCAAGUGUGGUCCACGAUUUAUCACAGCUGCUGUGAUCGUAGUGUGCUAUGUAUGUAAGCCUAGUGUAUAUCGUUGGCCUUUAACGCAAUCCCAGACAAGUGUUGUUGAUUUUCUAAACUGUGCACGUUUGCGAUGCAUUUUGCUAUCCACUAUCGAGCUUCCGGUGUGAAUUUGAUAGCGUGAGUAAAAGAAAACAGACUUCGAUUCGUUGCGGUUGCCGUAUCGCCGCAACCCCGUACGGUAGAAUUUAGGAAUCGUUUGUGAACUGCAACCCUACCCCCCCACCAACCAACCAGCACCAUGUGGACUCCAUCGUAUGACAUCAUAGUCGAAACGUUGACCGGAUCCGAGUUCGAGGUGACGGUCAACGAUCGGGACACGGUUGGAUAUCUGAAGUCGGAAAUUCAGAAAUAUGAAGGCAUUCCGAUCAGCCAGCAGCAUUUGCUGUACAAUCACAAGGAGCUUAGCGAUUCGAUGGAGAUGAAGGACAUCCCGCUGGUGAAGGGUUCGCGGGUGAAGCUGGUGCUCGGCAUGAAGGGAGGCCCGAUCUCUUCCAAGCGGCUUUUUACCAUCUCCUCCGACUAUGACAACUGGCUCGACAUGAGCGAUGUACUGUCCAGUGAGGAUCUAAUAAACCUGCAGAGUCCGGGCUUGAAGCUGCUGCUCUACAAAGACAACAAAAAGAACGUCCAUCGGUUGAUGAAGGUGCGGGCCGAGAAGGCUUGCGAUGGCAUGAAGGGAUCGAUGUCCCGCUCGAUUAUAGGCAGCGGUGCUUCCGGUCAGGGUUCGUACGGGCCCGGCAGCAACCUCAUCAGCCAGAAGGAGCGUGAUGCUGCAAUCACUAAGCAGAAAAUGGAUCAAAUUAAGGCUAAGUUAAGUAUGAAAAAGAAAAGACUGGGCGGUGAUAAGGCGGCAGGAAGCGAACAGCAACAGCAACCGCCAUCCGCAACGGGACAGCAGCAGCAGCAGUUGGAGGAUCGUGCUGGGUCUAGUGCGAACGAAGUGUUUGAUGGCAAUGGUAGUAGCAGCAGCAGCAGCACCAGCACCAGCAAAGCACUUCGUAAUUCGUCCCAGUACAGACACAAGAAACGACAUCACCAUUAUCACCACCAUCAGCACCAUCAUCAUCCGCAUCAGCAUGAGACUGUAAUCAAAGAGGAAAAGACACCGAUCGGGUACCGGCCAGCGACGGGUGGAGGUGGUGGAGGCCCUGCACUCGUAGCCAGCGGACACAACGCAUCCAUGGUAGGAACGAUCGGUUCCAUGCUACCGAGUGCGGCCGGCAGUGCGAGCGCCACCUCACACCGCAACUCCAUGCCAGCUGUGAUUGAUGUUGGCCGGUCGGAGCAGGAGGAGGCUGUACCACCGUUUAGCUACGGGUUGGUAAACCUUGUGCACGGUACAGCUACCGCCGGCCGUUCGCCAACGCUGGAGCUGGAGAAACGUUCCCAAAUCCGGGAGCAUCUGCAGCGAAACCGUUCCUUCAAGACGAUCAGUGCGAAGAGCUUGGACUUUGCGCGCGAAGGUUCGCCGCAGGUGGGAGGAGGAGGAAGCGGUGGUGGUGGUGGUGGGGAUCGCCACACUGGAUCGGCCGGUCUCGAGCGAUCGCUCUCGUUCCACUCGAACGGCAUACUUAGUCGCAUGGGGUCGGAAACGACACUCGAUGGUGGUGGUGGCGGCGGUGGGUUCAGUAACAUUCGGCGCUGUACCGCCGCUGGUGGUGGUAGCCAGCUGCGUAAUAAUCACACGACGACUAGUCUAGGCACACGGCUCACCACGAACGGAGGGGCCGGAGCUUGUACGACGCAGUCGCUGCACAAGCUGGACGAGAGCCGCGUCUCAUCCGCCUCGCUGCACGAUCUGAUCGAGCUGCUGAAGUACACCCAAUCGAAACAGCGCACCAUUUCGAACGAUUCGCUCAACAAGCUCAUGCUGAACUACUCGAAGAAAGUGUACGUGCCGCACCAUCUGUACCAUUCGCAGGCGGGGAAGAAAUCGCUCCCCGAGAUCAAUCCCUCCCUAAACAACAUCGACGAAUAUCUGUCGGACUACGAUUUUGGGCUGAAGGCGGCUGGCACGGGCGCGGGGGGAGCAACGACCACGACCGCCGCAGCCACAACAACAGCAGCGGCGGGCGCAAUACCGAAAAUGGCGACGAGAAGCGAAGAUUCGCUGAACUGCAAGAUUGCUUCGGCGGAGUACGCCUUCAAGAAUGCGGGAGGCAGCAGUGCGGGAGUGGACAAAUCGUUUCGCACACUGUACAAAGCAACGUCCGAGGAUAGCAGCGUUUACGAGCUACCGAAGUUGCUGAUUCGUGAGGAUUCGCCGGUCGAAUCGUUCCUCGGGUCUUACUCGCAGCUGGAAACGGUCGCAACGCGGCGAGGCGAAUCGCCGAAAAACAGUUUUGCGUCCUCGGCCCAUCUGCAAGACCUUGAAGGUACGUCGGAUACGGUCGUCGACCCUGAUCUGGCCCCCCCCGCUCUCACUGCAAGCACAUCGACAGCGGCGAUCGUCGGUGAAGCGAAGCUGGCAUCCGAAUCUUUGCUGCAGUUCGCACAAAUAGCGGCCGAGAGCGUUAAAUCUACUAAGGCCGCCGCUGCUGCCGCUGCCGCCGCCGCCGCCGCCACAUCGUUAAGCUCGAGUUCGCUGUGCGGGAGUAACUGUAGUCUCGCUGCUGCUGGAAGUACGGCUGCUGCGGUCGGUGGUGCCGAUGGGACGAGCUUUGCCGGGACGGCCCUGAAUGGGAAGAACGGGUGCGCUUCUGCUGCUGCUGCUACUGCCUGGUGCCAGCUUUGGAAUCAUGGGCAGGAACCGCCACAACAGCAGCAGCAACACCCACCGGACAGCAAUUUCGAUAGCUCCGGCAGUGUUUCGCACUUGAUCCACCACAAUCCUCGCCGUCAUCAUUCGGAUUUGGAUAUUAGCGAGUUGGAGCUGAAGUUUAUCAACACCAACGACCGUGCUGUGAAUGGAUCCAAUCGGCUCGCAUCGGAAGGCGGCAUCGCAACGAACGGUCCCGGUAGUGACUACACAAACCUUAUCAAGCUGCCCGCAAUAUCGAACCUAGAACAGUACCGUGGUGAUAAUGGUUGGUUACAGCUGUCCUCCUGGGACACGGUACGAUUCGGGCGGGAAGAUGAGGAUGCGGACGACGAGGAGGUGGUGGACGAGGAGGAUGAUCACGACGCGGAGGAAGAUGACGAGGAGGAGGAGGAGGAGGAAGAGGAAGAGGAGGAAGAAGAUGAGGAGGAGGAGGAGGACAAUGGGCGGCAGGAACGGGACCGAGUUACGUCGUCCUCCUGCUCGUCCAUACGCAGGCCGCGAGAGUCGUCCAACUCGACCACCAGCUUCAUCCACAGCCACCUGUCGAUAUCGUCCGACGAGGACGAUCUGCUGAACGUGGCGGAAAGGCGCGAUGGAGCGGGUGUGGUCGGGGGUGGUGCCUACAAACCGGGCGGUAACAAAUCCAAAUCGAUCGAUCUAAACGAAUUCCGCAAAGCGUUCGGCAGCAGUCCGACGCUGCUGAACGGAUUCCGUGGUGGGGCGAGCUGCACCCGGCUCGUGCCCCAGCUUUCCCGGCUCGAAACAAUCCCUUCACAGUACCGACGGGGCUACACGAACCUGAACGAUGCGUGCCUGUCGAGUUCCACCUCCGAGCUGGAGUGUGUUAGCAAUGGGGCGGCCAAGAAGAAGCAUCCCGGCCUGUUGCCCCCACCGACGGGCGACGAUUCCGGUGGGCUUUCCUCCACCCUGCUGAAGUACCACCGCAAAGAUGGCAGUGUGCCGUACGUGCGAAGCAAUGAAAAUUUGAAUCGCUACAAGAUUUCGUUGUGCACCGGGAAUGGGGCCGGCAGCAGCAGCAGCAGCAGUAGCACGGCACGCCGGCGGAUGGGCGAUAGUGACGAGCGGCUGGCGGCGGGAAGCGGUGAUGCACUGUACCUGCGGCAGCGUCAACCAUCGAUCGGGGCCGGUCGCCAUCUGCCCAGCAUACGUGAUCAUCUGGCCAGCAUUGUCGAUUCGGAAACGGCGAACGAAACGGUGGACGUUGCGGCGGGCAAUGGUCGCUCGAAGGGCGGCUCAUCCGAGGCGAACGGGAAUCGGUCGUUCGUUGUGGGAGGCGGUGAUUUUGAGUGUAGGUUUUCCCGAUUGAGCUGCUGUUCGGCGGCACCGAACGGUGGUGACGUGUCGUCGAAACCAUUCUCAGCCGGCGGUGGCAAUCGGCCAGCGGCUGGAACCUAUCUAUCCACUAAGGACCAUUCAUCAUCAGCAGUCGGAGGAGGAGGAAGCAGUGGUGGAGGAGGACUGAUGCGCACCACAUCAACCGCUGCGGCUGACGAUCGCAGCCGCUUCCUGUUUGGUGAGGAGGCGACCUCGCUGCCGCCGUACAAUAGGAGCGCCUCGUCAACACCACUCCGGCCGACCGACUACUACUUCCCGUCGGACGAAAGCUUGUUCAAUAUGGAUUCGUUCUUUGACGAUUUCGUCGAGAUUGACACAAGCGACAUAUUUGAAAGUACCGAGUUUAUCAACAUCAAUGGUGGCCCGGCAGGAAGGAAGUGCGACACCGCUGCUUCCACCAGCGCAUCGGCAACGCUGGUGCUGCCCGAGAUACAUCCGAGCAAGCAGCACCAGCAGCAACAGUCAUCAUCAUCGGCAUCUGCGGCUCAACGUCAGCGUACUCCGUACAGCGAAACCAUAGAUCAGCAGCAUCAUCAGCUCCGUGUGCUUAGGAAUCUAAAGCCGUUCCCUUCCCCAACCGAUGAUACGCGCAAGCAGUACUUCCGUGCCACAGCUCCCACCGCACCGACCAGCGAUGGUAACGCGGAUUUGGAAAUUAAUUUUUCCGCACGCCGAGCCUUCCUGCAAGCUGCUGGCCACCAGCAGCACAACGGCCACACGCAAGCGGACGGUGGUAUCGCUUCCAUCAUUCAGCACAUCGAUCGGGAACAGCUCGAGGCCGGUGAGCCGACCGCCGAUGCUUCUUCCGCCCUACUCUUUCACGACGACAGCAAGGAACGGUUGUUGCGGCUCACGGACUACCACCAGCCCGCAGCCGCAGCCGCCGCUGGUGGAACGGGCGCUGCCGCGACGCCCCAGCAACACCACACGACCGAGCAGAUCAAGUCGAAGAAGCUGCGGUGCGCGCAGUGCAACAAAAAGCUGGGCGUGAUCAUGAUCAUGAAGUGUCACUGUGAGAAAAUGUUCUGCGCCCAGCACCGGUACGCGGAGGCGCACAACUGUUCGUACGAUUUUAAGGUCGAGGGCCGGAAGGUGCUGGAGAAGAACAAUCCGCUCGUCGUGGCGGAUAAGUUACCGAAGAUUUAAACAUUUGCUUCGCAGGAGGCGGUGUUUUGGUAGAAGACCUUUUGGGAGACGAUGGUGAUAUGGUGGGGGCCGGUGAUAAUCGAAAGGGCUGCGCUUAUAGGUAAUAAUUACUAGUUUGAAGAAAACAAGGGUGUAAGAGAUUUUCGCCUACUGUACGAGCCCCGGGGAUCAAAACCGGGGAUCAUCAGCAGAAGUAAGAACAGCAUCAUUGAAUUACACUUACGUAGCUGCACCACGGCUGUAUAACUAUCUUUAUUUCACCCUUAUUUACUCAUCCCGUAUCCCAUGUCGCACCGCUCAGUAAGACGGUGGAGCAAACGUAUCUGCUUUUUAAUGAUUACCAAGAUCCAAGCAGUCCUGGAAUCCUCCUCCUCGCUUCUAAUAAUAGCAGAUGGGGGAAGGAUAGUUAUUCGCCUGCUGCGUUAGCAACUAAGAAAAGGCAGCAAAUAUUUAGCAUCAAUCCACUAAUAUCGCUGCUAUCUGUAAGUGUAAGAGUGCUUUAUGUAGGUUUGUUAGUAGUGUACUUAUACACACACACCCAAACACAACCUUAUGUCGUACCAUGUACGAUCGAAACGAGCAUUAUGUAGAUGCAUAGAUAGAGCAAUACGAAGUAGCUUGGAUGUGUGUAGUUCCAGACCGAAAUUUUGGCUUUUUUUUGUCUCUAAUAUUGGUACGUAAUAGUCAUGGACUCUGUCCAAAACUGACGAAACCCUCUUAGCCGCGCGUUCGAAAGGGAGAUGCUCUCGAAGGAUUUUUCCAGGAGCCGCUACAAUGACGAGCUGUACGAGCUGUACGACGAUCUCACCAUCGUGCAGCGAAUGAGAUUCGCCAGGCUCCGGUGGGCGGGUCACGUCAUGAGAAUGACACCGGACGACCCAGCCCGUAAAGUCCCUUUAAGGCCGUCCACACGGACAAAUUGAGAUGAAGUUGGUUGCGUUGAUGCAGUGAUAAGGCGAUUUUUUCAGUAUGACAAGACCGCCAAGAGAUUAAUUCGUGUGUCCUUGUGAUCAACCCAAACAAGGCAAAAUUGUAACGCCGCUUUCGAGAGGACUUUAUCCAUUCGAUUCUGUGCCGGAAAAGUGGAGGAUCGUCAGCUGAUCGUCAAGUCUUCGCCAGAGUUGGAUUUUGAUUUGGUACAUUUUAAGUUACUAGCUACUAAUCCAAGACUUAUUAUGCGUGUGUUUGCGCGUUAUCGCCCCCCACUCCCGGGGGGUAGAUUUAUAGUUGGGUAUUCUUGAUAAGAGCAAAUUUGGUGGGUUUUAAGAUUAAAUUCGAAGCUUCUUUUUUAAACCGUGUACCAUUACUUCGUACACAGUAAUUAGAAUGUUAAUUUAAAUAAUUUUUUUUCCUCUUUUUUAAUGUAAUCCAUCCUUGAAUAUAUACUUGAUGGUGCUUCAGCAGCAAACACGCGCACAAUUAGCGACUGUGCAUGCGGAACGAAAGAAAAAAAAACGCGGGGGGCUUUGCUUUUAAGUUUUUACCACAUUUUAAACGGGAUGAAGCUUAUAUACAACUAAUAGCAUACAUACAUUUGCCCCAGAUAUGUAUUUAUCAAACAGAUAUUUGUUAAAGGGUGUGGGAACCCUGCAGCAUAUUUUGGCAUUAGUAGCAGAGGGCAAAACAAAAAGGUAAUGAAAAUGGGCGAAGGGAGACACACACGCUUGAUUUCACGGUUUAAAAAAAAAAUUAAAUAUUAUUGCGUUAUUUUAUUCCUAUAACCACCUCAACACAUACCCGCAAAGCUUUGUAAAGUUGUAUGUAAGUCAUGAUGUAACAUAGGAUAAGAUACGUUUACACACAAACACAACAACAAAAA